AGGAGCGCGCCGUGGCGGUGCAGUUUCAACCUCGUCCUCCCAGCCGCGCGCACACCGCUUCCUCCCCGAGCCGCGGGAACCGCAGCAGCUCCGGGCUGCCGCCGCUGGGCUCCGCGCGCCUGCCCGCUCGCCGCCGCCACCACCUCCCCUCGUCGGCGCUCAGCCCGCAGCUGUUUCCUCCUGCCAGCCUCUGAACUCUGGAUCUUUUCCUUUGCUCGCCUCUCGUAUUCUCCCCACCCUGUAUUUUCUGAACUCCUUUCCUUUAUCCUUAGCCACCCUGCCGUUUCCUCCUCUUUUUACGGAGGAUUUCUUCUUGACUGAAGAUGACCUGUCUUCCUUACCUUCGUUUCAGCCCUGAAGACUGAGAAGGAAUCUUUAGCUUUCCCCCAGGGGCAUUUUAGAGACCUCAAUCCUUAAAAGUCUUCAGAGGCAGAGAAACAGGACCCGGGACCUUCUCGACACCCUUGGGUCCAGUGCAGAGCUGCACUAUCACCCAUAACUAGUAUUUAAUUUAAGCCCGCCGAAGAGGAGGGAGAGAGGAGCCAGAAGCAAACUUCGGCCGUCUCAGAGGAUCCGUGGUUCCCGCAUUUGGAAGCGCCGCGUGCCAGAAGGCGGAGGACCCUACGGGGAACGCACAGGAGUCGCGAGCCUCCCUCGCCCCCUCCGCGAGUCCGGCGCCGCGGACUGAGCCGCGCGGGACAGCAGCGGCGGAGGCAGCCAGGAGAAGAUGCGGGGCUCGGGGCCCCCUGGUGCGGGACGCCGGAGGCCCCCGGGCAACGGCGGCGGCGGCGGCGGCGACGGCCACCCCAGCACCCCUGCGUCUCUGGCCGGCUGCUACUCCGCACCUCGCAGGGCCCCCCUCUGGACGUGCCUUCUCCUGUGCGCCGCGCUCCGGACCCUCCUGGCCAGCCCCAGCAACGAAGUGAAUUUAUUGGAUUCACGUACUGUCAUGGGGGACUUGGGAUGGAUUGCUUUUCCAAAAAAUGGGUGGGAAGAGAUUGGCGAAGUUGAUGAAAAUUAUGCCCCUAUCCACACAUACCAAGUAUGCAAAGUUAUGGAACAGAAUCAGAAUAACUGGCUUUUGACCAGUUGGAUUUCCAAUGAAGGUGCUUCCAGAAUCUUUAUAGAACUCAAGUUUACUCUGCGUGACUGCAACAGUCUUCCUGGAGGAUUGGGAACCUGUAAGGAAACCUUUAACAUGUAUUACUUUGAGUCGGAUGAUGAGAAUGGGAGAAACAUCAAGGAAAACCAAUACAUCAAAAUUGAUACCAUUGCUGCCGAUGAAAGCUUUACAGAGCUUGAUCUUGGUGACCGCGUUAUGAAACUGAAUACAGAGGUCAGAGAUGUAGGACCUCUGAGCAAGAAAGGAUUUUAUCUUGCCUUUCAAGAUGUGGGUGCUUGCAUUGCUCUGGUUUCUGUGCGUGUGUACUAUAAAAAAUGCCCUUCUGUGGUACGUCACUUGGCUGUGUUCCCUGACACAAUCACUGGAGCUGACUCCUCGCAGUUGCUUGAAGUGUCAGGUUCCUGUGUCAACCAUUCUGUGACAGACGAACCACCCAAAAUGCACUGCAGCGCUGAAGGGGAGUGGCUGGUGCCCAUCGGGAAAUGCAUGUGCAAGGCAGGAUAUGAGGAGAAAAAUGGCACCUGUCAAGUGUGCAGACCUGGGUUCUUCAAAGCCUCACCUCACAGCCAGACCUGCAGCAAAUGUCCACCUCACAGUUUUACCCAUGAGGAAGCUUCAACCUCUUGUGUCUGUGAAAAGGAUUAUUUCAGGAGGGAGUCUGAUCCACCCACAAUGGCAUGCACAAGACCCCCCUCUGCUCCUCGGAAUGCCAUCUCAAAUGUUAAUGAAACUAGUGUCUUUCUGGAAUGGAUUCCCCCUGCUGACACUGGUGGAAGGAAAGAUGUCUCAUAUUAUAUUGCAUGCAAGAAGUGCAACUCCCAUGCAGGUGUGUGUGACGAGUGUGGAGGUCAUGUCAGGUACCUCCCCCGGCAAAUCGGCCUGAAAAACACCUCUGUCAUGAUGGUGGAUCUGCUCGCUCACACAAACUAUACCUUUGAGAUUGAGGCAGUGAAUGGAGUGUCCGACUUGAGCCCGGGAGCCCGGCAAUAUGUGUCUGUAAAUGUAACCACAAAUCAAGCAGCCCCCUCUCCAGUCACCAAUGUGAAAAAGGGGAAGAUUGCAAAAAACAGUAUCUCUUUGUCUUGGCAAGAGCCAGAUCGUCCCAAUGGAAUCAUCCUGGAGUAUGAAAUUAAAUAUUUUGAGAAGGACCAAGAAACCAGCUAUACAAUUAUCAAAUCUAAAGAGACAACUGUAACUGCAGAGGGCUUGAAGCCAGCUUCAGUAUACGUCUUCCAAAUUCGAGCACGCACAGCAGCAGGCUAUGGUGUCUUCAGUCGAAGAUUUGAGUUUGAAACCAUCCCAGUGUCAGUUGCAGCCUCCAGCGAUCAAAGCCAGAUUCCUAUAAUUGCUGUGUCUGUGACAGUGGGAGUCAUUUUGUUGGCAGUGGUUAUCGGCUUCCUCCUCAGUGGAAGUUGCUGCGAAUGUGGCUGUGGAAGGGCUUCUUCCCUGUGCGCUGUUGCCCAUCCAAGCCUAAUAUGGCGGUGUGGUUACAGCAAAGCAAAGCAAGAUCCAGAAGAGGAAAAGAUGCAUUUUCAUAAUGGGCACAUUAAACUGCCUGGAGUAAGAACUUAUAUUGAUCCACACACCUAUGAGGAUCCCAAUCAAGCUGUCCAUGAAUUUGCCAAGGAGAUAGAAGCUUCAUGCAUCACCAUUGAAAGAGUUAUUGGAGCAGGUGAAUUUGGUGAAGUUUGUAGUGGACGGUUGAAACUUCCAGGAAAAAGGGAAUUACCUGUGGCAAUCAAAACCCUCAAAGUAGGCUAUACAGAAAAGCAACGCCGAGAUUUCCUGGGCGAAGCAAGUAUCAUGGGGCAGUUUGAUCAUCCUAACAUCAUCCACUUAGAAGGUGUUGUGACCAAAAGCAAACCCGUGAUGAUAGUGACAGAGUACAUGGAAAAUGGCUCUUUAGAUACAUUUUUAAAGAAAAACGAUGGGCAAUUCACUGUGAUUCAGCUUGUUGGCAUGCUGAGAGGCAUCGCUGCGGGAAUGAAGUACCUUUCCGACAUGGGCUACGUGCAUAGAGACCUUGCUGCCAGAAACAUCUUAAUCAACAGUAACCUUGUGUGCAAAGUGUCUGACUUUGGACUUUCCAGGGUGCUGGAAGACGAUCCCGAGGCAGCCUAUACCACCAGGGGAGGCAAAAUUCCAAUCAGAUGGACGGCCCCAGAAGCUAUAGCUUUCCGAAAGUUUACCUCUGCCAGUGAUGUCUGGAGCUAUGGAAUCGUGAUGUGGGAGGUUGUGUCUUAUGGGGAGAGACCCUAUUGGGAGAUGACCAAUCAAGACGUGAUUAAAGCAGUGGAGGAAGGCUACCGUCUGCCAAGCCCCAUGGACUGUCCUGCUGCUCUCUACCAGUUAAUGCUGGAUUGCUGGCAGAAAGACCGAAAUAGCAGGCCCAAGUUUGAUGAAAUUGUCAACAUGUUGGAUAAGCUGAUACGUAACCCAAGUAGCUUGAAGACGCUGGUUAAUGCAUCGAGCAGGGUAUCUAAUUUAUUGGCAGAACAUGGCCCACUGGGAUCUGGGGCCUACAGAUCAGUAGGUGAAUGGCUAGAAGCAAUCAAAAUGGGCCGGUAUACAGAGAUUUUCAUGGAAAAUGGAUACAGUUCAAUGGACGCUGUGGCUCAGGUGACCUUGGAGGAUUUGAGACGGCUUGGAGUGACUCUUGUCGGUCACCAGAAGAAGAUCAUGAACAGCCUUCAAGAAAUGAAGGUGCAGCUGGUAAAUGGGAUGGUGCCACUGUAACUUCCUUUUCAUGUCACUUCGUCAAGUGAAUGAUUCUGCACUUUGUAAACAAGCCCUGAGAUUUAUUUUAACAAAAAAAAGGGGAAAAGGGAAAACUCAGUGAUUUCUAAACCUUAGGAGAACCUUGGUUCAAGCCACAGAAUUUGUAAUCAGUGUUUUACUAAAAUCUCCUUAUCUUCCUCUCAGUGUCUUCGUUUUUCAUGAAGCAAGUAUAACCCGCAUAGAAUAAAAACAUGAGGUUAAACAUGAUCUUAUGUUGCAACAAGAAAAUCCUUUCCACUACUUCUACAAAAUUUUAUAAAUGAAAAUAGAACUAUAUAGAGCACCUUUACAGACUGAAUUAAGGCAGCCCCUUUCAAAACUUCCAAGAAUCUACUUGAAAGGAAAAGUUUAUAGCCAUUUGUGGGCUAACAAAAGCUGCAAUUUCCUGAAGUUUACUUCAAGUCUGAAUUGUCUACAUAAGUGUAUUGAAGAGCAAUAUGAUUAGAUAAUUUCCUAAUAGAUACCUUCUUUUGUAAUUUUAAAAUGCUGUUACACAGCGUUAAGUUAUAGAAACUAGUGUAUAAAUAUGUUGCUUGAUCAAGAACAAGUACAAUACAGGGUGUAUAUUUAUUUUUCUGUGUUAUAAAAUUUAUGUUUAGUUGCUCUUCUAGAAACUAUUAGGUAAUAAAUGUGUAUAUACUGUAUCAUUUGCUAUAUACCCAGGAAUCAAUUUAAGUUGGAGUUUCGUGUGUGAUGCUUGCACAUGCGUGCGUUACCAUUCUGCUUGCAUUUUUAAUAGUGUUUUAAUUUUAGCAACAUAUGGGAACGAGUGUUCCAGAGUGUAAUAGGAAUAGGAGAAAUAGGGAAGCAGUAAAACAAAAUUGAACACAAGCUUGUGUCUUUCUUCCUCUCAUAUGUCCAAAAGCUACUAAAUCUCUUUAUUCACUAACGGGAAAUGUCUAUAAGAUUAAAUCCCCUUUGGCUUUUUGAAAACACUUUGUGAUAUCUGUGACAAUGCAGUUCUUCUAGCCAUUAAUCUUGCACCCCUGUAAGAAAUUUCACCUUUCUGAGUCCCAGAAAAUACCUUGUCAAGCAAAGUUGACAUCGAAGGGCACAUUUUCAGCAGGAUGUAGAAGGAUUUAACUGUGCAGGCUUCUGU